AUGUCACUUGCACACACAGCGGCAGAGUAUAUGCUCUCUGAUGCCCUGCUGCCUGACCGGAGGGGCUCCCGCCUCAAAGGACUUCGCCUGGAACUGCCCCUGGACCAGAUAGUCAAGUUCGUUGCUGUGGGUUUCCCCUUGUUGCUGAUGUCCCUGGCAUUUGCCCAGGAAUUCUCCUCUGGGUCUCCAAUCAGCUGCUUCUCUCCCAGUAACUUCAGUGUCCGGCAGGCUGCAUAUGUGGAUAGUUCCUGUUGGGACUCACUGGUUCACCAUGAACAAAAUGAGGCUGGCGAAUACAAGAUAAAAUCUCUCUGGCCCCACAAGGCCCUCCCCUACUCCUUACUGGCCCUGGCAGUGAUCAUGUACCUGCCAGUGCUGCUAUGGCAGUAUGCAGCUGUGCCAGCCCUCAGCUCAGAUCUGCUGUUCAUCAUCAGUGAACUGGACAAAUCCUACAAUCGCUCCAUCCGCCUAGUGCAGCACAUGUUGAAGAUUCGGCAAAAGAGCUCUGACCCUCAUGUCUUCUGGGAUGAGCUGGAGAAGGCACGGAAAGAACGAUACUUUGAAUUUCCCUUGCUAGAGCGGUACCUGGCAUGCAAGCAGCGCUCACAUUCACUAGUGGCAACCUAUCUUCUGAGGAACUCCCUCUUGCUCCUCUUCACCUCAGCCACUUACUUGUACCUUGGUCACUUCCAUCUGGAUGUCUUCUUCCAAAAACAAUUCAGCUGCUCCAUCAAGACAGAGUUGCUACAUGAUGAAACCCAUGUUCCUGAUCUGAUCACAUGCAGGUUGACCUCCCUGUCUGUUUUCCAGAUUGUAAGCCUCUCCAGUGCAGCAAUAUACACCCUAUUGGUUCCACUGAUAAUAUACAACCUCACACGGCUAUGUCGGUGGGACAAACGACUCCUAUCCAUCUAUGAGAUGCUCCCUGCUUUUGAUCUCCUCAGUAGAAAGAUGCUGGGAUGCCCCAUCAAUGACCUCAAUGUGAUUCUUCUUUUCCUCCGAGCCAACAUCUCUGAACUCAUCUCUUUUAGCUGGUUGAGUGUUUUAUGUGUGUUGAAGGACACAACUACCCAGAAGCACAAUAUUGACACAGUGGUUGAUUUCAUGACUUUACUGGCUGGCUUAGAACCCUCAAAACCUAAACAUCUCACCCAAGGUUUAUGUGAUGAACACAUAUAG